CCGCGGUUGUCCCCUCCCACCACCCGCCAGCGCGAGCUUCCCCGCGCCGCUCCCGCCGCAGCCGCGCUUCCCCGCUCCAGCGAGAGAGCGGGCGAGGCCAGAGCCGUGGCCGGGCCGCUUCCUUCUCACCGCCGCGGCGUCCUGGGCUCCGGCCGCGAUGGCAGAGGCUGAGCGGGGUUGAGCCCGCCGCCGCCCGCAACCCCGCGGGCCCCUUGAGUCCCUGCCAUGGCGAAGCAGUACGAUGUGCUGUUCCGGCUGCUGCUGAUUGGGGACUCCGGGGUGGGCAAGACCUGCCUGCUGUGCCGCUUCACCGACAACGAGUUCCACUCCUCACACAUCUCCACCAUCGGUGUCGACUUUAAGAUGAAGACCAUCGAAGUAGAUGGCAUCAAAGUACGGAUACAGAUUUGGGACACAGCAGGGCAGGAGAGGUACCAGACCAUCACAAAACAGUAUUAUCGGCGGGCCCAGGGAAUAUUUUUAGUCUAUGACAUUAGCAGUGAGCGCUCUUAUCAGCACAUCAUGAAGUGGGUCAGUGACGUGGAUGAGUAUGCACCCGAAGGCGUCCAGAAGAUCCUCAUAGGGAAUAAGGCUGAUGAAGAGCAGAAACGGCAGGUGGGAAGAGAGCAGGGGCAGCAGCUGGCUAAGGAGUAUGGCAUGGACUUUUACGAAACAAGUGCCUGCACCAACCUCAACAUUAAAGAGUCCUUCACUCGUCUGACGGAGCUGGUGCUGCAGGCCCACAGGAAAGAGCUGGAUGGUCUCCGAACACGUGCCAGCAAUGAGCUAGCAUUGGCAGAGCUAGAGGAAGAGGAAGGCAAAGCUGAGGGCCCAGCGAACUCUCCAAAGACCUGCUGGUGCUGAGGGUCCUGUGUGGAAUCCGGCCCCUGAAACUCCCUUCCCUCAGGAGGCCUGUGGAAGCAGGGGAGCCUGGACUUUGCCUACUGCUGUCCCUACAUUUGAUGACCCUGUUGAAAUCAGUAGCUGCUACUCCCCUGCCUGGCCCUGCGAGCAGCUCUGCUACGGCCUCCCUCCGAGCAGCCUGUGCCCCCCAGCCCCUCUACCCUGGGGUGGCAGCCUUUAGCUCAUGUCCCAGCCACAGGCCUGCUGUGAUCCCAGAAUGUGCUGUGACCAUCUCACCACCCCAAGCUCCUGGGACAACGGUCAAGGCUGGAGUCAAGGCCACUUAAAGACUCAUUUCUUAGUGCAUCUGUAUACUCUGCUUUUUCUCCACCUACUUCCCUCCAGUGUAUUCUGCAUCCGCGUCUCUCUCCUCCUCCUCUGCCUGUGUGUCCUGCCCAUAGCUGCUAUUGCAGUCCCUCCCUCCUUUCCUCUCUCCCUCCCUCCCUCCCUUCCUUCCAGACUCUGCCUAAGGGAAUGGUCCGAGGCUGUGCCCCAGGGAAGGAUGGCCCACCCUGCUCUGGGUGGGACAAAGGCUCAGGGUGCUUCCUCUCCCCUCCCCAUAGCCCCUCCUUGUGCCAUGGGCUGCCUCCCCAGUGACCUGGGAAAGUAGAAUGCUGAGGUGGGAAGGGAACACUACUCAUUGGUCCUCAGGCCUGGGCUGGCCUCCUCUGCCUUUGCCUACAGACCUGUGAGGAGUCCCGAGGCAGGGAAGAAAACCUAAGGAUGAGGGGUGGCAAGGACAAGUCACCUCUAUUCUCUACCUCCCAUGCAGAGUACAUGACCUCUUCACCUGGAUUCCUGAAUUUAAAGAUGGAGAUCAGGGCCUGAGGACGCUAAAGGGAAGGGGGAGUCCUGGGGUCAGACACUGUAAGCUCUAGAAAAAAGCAAAAGCAGUUGUGAAGGGCUCGCUCCUAGAUGGUAAGGUUACAAAAAAGGCAGAGGGCACUUCAUGAAACUGAUGGCUGUGGUGGCAGCAGGGCCUCUUGUGUAAGAACAUUUACCCAGGUGAGAAGUGACGUAGCCACGACGUCACUAUUCUUUCGUCGAACCUGGCCUUCAGGAGUUGUUUUUCCUGGGUUCCAGAGUCUGUGGGCCUUAAAAACAGGGAGCGAGGGCAGCCGUGGGCAGAAGGACUUGGUGCCGGCCGGCCUGCCUUCCAGGACUCCCUCCUCUUGCCCCCUUAUUAAGCAGGCAUUGCUGAGUAACUACCAAGGGAGGGAAAAGGGCGCCCUCCUCCAGAGGUCUACGCUCAGGAAGUUUCUUUAACCCCGUGGGCCAAGGGUAGUUUGAAGGAGUCCCCUACAACAAGGAAAAAAAAAAACCCAUGCUAGGGGUCAUUCUUAUAUUCCCAAGGUGGGAGGAGCUCAGGUAAGAGAAGAGUCCCAAGAUGCACUGCGUGGCUGGGGCUGGAGCCAAAGCCAGGAAAAAAACUGGGCCCUGACUGAGCUUUCGCCAGCCAAGGACCUUUUGGAUCCUGGGCACAGAUGUGAAGACAAGGAGCCUUAUACCCUUUCAGUCCUCCUAAAUGGGGGGUUGGGGAUGGAAUCACUGGAAAUUUCUUCCUGACUUAGCAAACCAGGAAACAGGUGACAAAGGCUUUCUGGUGGAGGGAAAGCAAGAGCAGGAAUGGUGCAUUGUUCGCUGAGAAAGGUAGAGAGCUGGCUCUGAGACGGGACCCUGACUGACUGACUCCUGGGCAGCGAGAUUGAGGUGGCAUUACACAGGAGGUGAAUAGAAUGCCUUCAGCCAGGGAUCUGAGAGACUUUACACAGGGCACCGGGUCUCACCUGUGGCAAGUGUCACUGUCCUGUUGUCCCAGCCCCUCAAGAAAGUACCCUAAGGGUUCUGGAAGGGAAAACAUGGGGUUGGGGUUCUGUGGGCUCCGAGCCAUGGUCACAGCUCUGAAGUGUGGCAGCAGGAUGGCUGGGAUUUUGGGGUGCGCCUGUGCUCACUCCGUUCUGGAUUUGGGCUGUGUCAUGGCCUUGACUGUUCAGCAGGCCUUCCUGGCCUGCCUGCCCAUUUCUGGAGAUCAGCUCACCCUGGUCCGCCACCUGAGCCCCGUAUCUUCCUGGGAUGGGUGAACUUUGUGCACUGUGUCUUGGGUCCAGUAUAUGAAUUGUGAGCAGGGUUCAUUUAUUUUAAACACAAAUGUUUACAAAUAAAGAAUAUUUCAAACCA